AUGAAACCACUCGACGUUGAAUUUGUUACUGGCCUCUCUGGCUACUUUGUGAAAGAUCUCGAGGCUGUUCGCCAGAGCCCAACCUACGAUCCCCUAGUCAACAAUAUCACCCCUCGUACGCCCGGAUUUCAGCAAGUCGUUCAGGCCGGCCAAGUGAUUUCCAUCCUGCUGCAUUUGCCCAAUGGCCAAUGGGCUGUGGGCGACUGUGUCGAUGUCAUCUUCUCUGGUGCCGCGUCUCGCGAUCCACUUUUCAACGCCAACGAGCAUCUUCCACUACUUGAAUCUGUGGUCAAGCCAUGGCUGCUGAACUGCGACAUUACCCAUUUCCGACCCAAUGCUAUCCGUGUCGACUCGCCGUGGCCAGAACUACAGGGUCUUCGGUUGCAUUCUGCCAUUCGUUAUGGCCUGUCGCAGGCGCUCCUGUCUGCCACGGCACUGGCUCAUCUCUGCCCCGCGGCCGGGAUCAUCGCCCGUGAAUGGGGCACAAGUAUCGUCGACCGGCCUGUGGAUAUCUUGGCUUCUUGUCACCGCGACGACUUCCUGCAAUUGGACCGUAUGAUCAUGAAGCAGGUUGCCAUGUUACCCCACGCAUCCUUUAUCCACGUUCAUGAUCUUGGACCUCGAGGCUCGGCCAUGUUGGAAUUUGUGGAAAAGGUAUCCCGACGUGUACAGGAACGAGGGGCGCCAGGAUACCGUCCGCGCUUGCACUUCGAUGUCUACGGCACCAUGGGUGACUUGUUCCUAGACGAUACCGAAUUGGUAUCAUUUCUGGGCGAGCUCCAGCGAGUCGCUCAGCCAUACGAUCUUCUCAUCGAGUCCCCAGUCAUCGCCGCCACUAAGGCCGCACAAAUCCAGCAACUAAAAAAUCUCAGGCUACGAUUGCGGGAACAGUCCAUUCCGGUGCAGCUCGUGGCGGACGAAUGGUGCAAUACGCUCGACGACAUUCGGGAGUUUGCGGAUGCCGGGGCUGUGGACUUUGUGCAAAUUAAGAUGCCCGACCUGGGUUCUAUCCACAACAGUAUCGAUGCCGUACUCUACUGCCGGGAGAGAAAGGUCGGGUGCUGCUUGGGAGGUUCAGCUAAUGAAACGGACGUGUCCGCACGCAUCACGGCGCAUGUGGCAUUGGCAACACAGCCUGACUUUCUUCUGUCGAAGCCGGGAAUCGGAGCGGAUGAGGGGGUGAUGAUUCUCACUAAUGAGAUGCUCCGCACCUCAGCUGUGACCCGGAAGUCUCGAUUGAACAAGAUUUAG